AUGCUUGUGGGUUCAAUGCUCUCACACACUGAAAAUCAUCUCCACCUCAUACAGAUUGACCCAUCCCUAUACAGUCCUCCACACACCAAGAACUGGUCUGAGAUCAGUAUGAAGACUGAUGUGAGUGUGGAGACUCUAAUGAGAGCUCUGACUCAACUGCAGGAGACUCUAGACGACAAACUCACUCAAACUGUGUUGAGGAGGAUGCAGCACUAUGCAGUGGAUGUGACUCUGGAUCCUGAUACAGCUCAUCCAGAUCUCAUCCUGUCUGAAGAUAGAAAACAAGAGAGGGAUGGAGAUAUUGAGCAAAGUCUCCCAGAUAAUCCAGAGAGAUUUGAUUAUUGUGUCAGUGUUCUGGGAAAAGAGGGAUUCUCUUCAGGGAGAUUUUAUUUUGAGGUGCAGGUGAAGGGAAAAACUGAAUGGGAUUUAGGAGUGGUCAGAGAAUCUAUUAACAGGAAGGGACAGAUCACAGCGAGUCCUGAGGAUGGACAGUGGACUGUAGUUCUGAGGGAUGAGAAUGAUUAUAGAGCUUGUGCUUCACCCUGUGUCUCUCUGUGUCUGAGAGUGAGUCCACAGAAGGUGGGGGUGUUUGUGGAUUAUGAGGAGGGUCUGGUCUGUUUUUAUGAUGUGGAGAACAGAUCUCAUAUCUACUCUUUCACUGGUCAAACUUUCACUGAGAAACUCUUUCCAUCAUUCAGUCCAUGUCCUAAUGAAGGUAAAAAUUCAGCCCCACUGAUCAUCUCACCUGUUCAUCACAUCAAACAUUUACUAGAAUAA